AUGGCCUCCUCUUCGGAGUCAACGGCCUUGCAGAGCCCGGCAUCGCAUCCUCGUCUACCUUUCGACGUCGAGAUCUUUAUAGUCCGUGAUCUAAUAGAGGUCUACAAGCACGACGAGAAACGCCUGGCACCUUUAGCCACUGUCUCUGAAACUUGGCAACGGAUCGUGGAGAAGCACACUUUUCAGGGCUUUAAACUGAGUGUACAGGAGCUCCCCGUCUUCCAGGGCUUUGUUCGGAGAGGGCGGCUACAACUUAUCAAAUCCAUCACCCUCAAAGUCCGUACAAGCCCCUCCUGGCACGAAGAUUGCGACUGA